AAGGCGCGCUGGUGUGGGGCCGCCCCUUCUCUCGGGGCUGGCUCGGGAGUAGCGCAGUCGCCAAAGCCGCCGCUGCCAAAGCCGCAGCCACUAGCCGGGUAUGGCCAUGGCGUCCCCGGCCAUCGGGCAGCGCCCGUACCCGCUACUCUUGGACCCCGAGCCGCCGCACUAUCUACAGAGCCUGAGCGGUCCCGAGCCGCCGCCGCCGCCCCCCGACCGGUCCUCGCGCCGCUGUGUCCCGGCGCCCCUCUCCACUGCGCCCGGGGCGCACGAGGGGCGCAGCGCCCGGAGGGCUGCCCGGGGGAACCUGGAGCCCCCACCCAGGGCCUCCCGACCCGCUCGCCCGCUCCGGCCUGGUCUGCAGCAGAGACUGCGGCGGCGGCCUGGAGCGCCCCGACCCCGCGACGUGCGGAGCAUCUUCGAGCAGCCGCAGGAUCCCCGAGUCCCAGCGGAGCGAGGCGAGGGGCACUGCUUCGCGGAAUUGGUGCUGCCGGGCGGCCCCGGCUGGUGUGACCUGUGUGGACAAGAGGUGCUGCGGCAGGCGCUGCGCUGCGCUAACUGUAAAUUCACCUGUCACCCAGAAUGCCGCAGCCUGAUCCGGUUGGACUGCAGUCAGCAGGAGGGUUCAUCCCGGGACAGACCCUCUCCAGAAAGCACCCUCACCCUGACCUUCAGCCAGGUGGGCGACAAAACUCCCAUACUGGGAUGGGAACAGCCUCUGCAGGUGCCCCAGGUUCCACAUUUUUUCCCAGGAGCUCUGGUGAGCAGGAGGUGGCAUGAGUCCUCAGAUUCCACGUGCACUGGAUGGAGUUCACAGACACUCUCUUCCAAGGGGACCAGGGGCAGUGACACAGAGAACUCUGAAGAUACUCAGAAGUCCCCUGUAGUUCUCCCCCAGUACAGAGCCUAUUGUGGCUUAGGGCUCUGAGCCAGAGAUGUGGGUAUGGGUGAGCAGUGGGGUGGCUUCCAGAAAAGCCUUCUGACAGUUCCUAAAGGCCUCAUAGCCCUGGGACAGUGGGGAUGCUGGGGCUGAGGCAUUUCAAGCACAUUGUUCAGCCAGGUCAGCGCAACCUUCACAGGGGCUGGGCAAAUGUUCCCUCCCUGUGUUAAAGAACCAGAAAAUGGAUGUCCAAAGCAGUUUUUGGUUCUGGGUUUUGUAAAGACACUUGAGCGGCAACGUAUCUGAACUUUGAUUUCUAGGAUUUAGAAUGGAGACAGGGGAGUGUGUUUAUUGCUUCUUGCAUUGAACAAGCAUUUAUUGAGUAUCUACUGUGUACCAAGCAUGGGUGAGAAGUUGGGGUAAUAAAAGAUACAUCACAGUUCUUGUCCUCAGAUAGCUUACAUUCUGGCAGGGGAGGCAGAAUACCACCAAAUAGCAUAUACUGUGAUGCACGUUGCAAUAAAAGUAUGAACCAAGUGUUUGGAUAUAUAGUACAAUUGUUUCUGCUGGGAGAAAUCAGGGAAGGCUUUCCAGAGGAGGUGAUGUUUGAUUUAAGCCUUAACGUGUGGGAUGAAGGUUGCA